AUGGAACCCUCAUCGCAGUUCACUCAUAAAGCUGAAUGCCCUCGUUAUAACAGCGGCUACAUAUGCCGUGAUAUGCGCCUGCCAGAAAAUCGUCAUCUGGGCGAAUUUGUCCUGUCAGAAGUGCGACAAGUCUGCAAAUCAUACUAUAUGAACGAGUUUGCUCGUACACUCAACAACGCUGCUGUGUGCAGAUGUGAAGAAAAUAUCGCGUCAUCAUCGUCGUCAACGUUCCCAGUGUCUGACGCCUCACCAACAGAUGGAAUCAGGGCUAAGGAUUACUCGUCCGGGUUUUUCCACAACAAUUCAUACGUCGCUAAUAAAGCAAUCGGAGGAGAGGUGAAUGCCGGCAUGACGUCCGACAACCAGAUGACGUCAAAGAAGCUGUUCAACACCGUCAACGUUGGAAGAACGAACACAUUACUGAAGGCCGACUCCACGAAAAAACUUCGACGCUACGCUCACGUCGUCGAUAAUAAAGUGGGGUCUCUUUUUUUCGAGAAAUCUCUGGUUUAG